GACUCUCUCAAAUUCGAACGGAGUCUGAAUUCAACAUUUUAUAAUCCCUACAUAGGAUCACAUUGGCUAGCUUUUUCUUAAAUCAACCAAUCCAAACCGAUCGCCAAAAAAAAAAAAAAAGAAAACAAAAUGGCGACAACGCUAUUCCGCACAGCUCCGGCCGCCCGAGCAUCUCUGCGCGCCGCCCGCUCCACCAAGCCCGGCGUCGCCGCUCUAACCACCUCCUUCGUGCGCGGGAAGGUGACCCUGCCCGAUCUGCCCUACGACUACGGCGCCCUCGAGCCCUACAUCUCGGGCAAAAUCAUGGAGCUGCACCACAAGAAGCACCACCAGACCUACGUCAACGGGCUGAACAACUGCCUCGAGACCAUCUCCACCCACGCCAAAACCGACCCUCUACGGACCGCCGCCACCGCCUCCCUCCUCAACUUCCACGGCGGCGGCCACAAGAACCACUCCUUGUUCUGGGAGAACCUCGCCCCCGCCUCCCAGGGCAGCGGCGGCGGUGAGCCGUCCUCGGGCACCCCCCUGAGAGCGGCGAUCGACCGGGACUUCGGCUCGUUCGAGGCGCUGCAGAAGCAGAUGAACGCCGUGCUGGGCGGCAUCCAGGGCAGCGGGUGGGCCUGGCUGGUGAAGGACCGGUUCGCGGGCACCCUGCACGUCGUCGCCAAGGCGAACCAGGACCCCGUCCUCGACGCGCUGGUCCCCCUGCUCGGCAUCGACGCCUGGGAGCACGCCUAUUACCUCCAGUAUGAGAACCGCAAGGCCGAGUACUUCGACGCCAUCUGGAACGUCAUUAACUGGGAGACUGUUGCCAAGAGGAUGGAGGGUGCGAAGGCGUGAAAAGGAGAGAGAGAAAAAACAAACAGGAGAGAAGAGAAGAGUGCCGGGGGGAGGGGAUGACGAAAGCUCAUUCGUUCGUUCGUGUAGAUUAACGUAGGUAUUGACGGAAUGCCGAGCUAGGUUCCAGUUGAAUGCAAAUGCAAUCAAUGCGCACACUGAUCAUUCGUGAUUCGAUCUGUGUUACACGUAAGGGAGUAGUCAGUGCCAGUCUUUAUCUAAAU